AGAAGAAGCAACCUUCCGCUCUUCCUCCGUAAACAGGUUACAAAACCAAAGCUGAGCUGAGGACUUUAACUUCCAUUGCGUCGCGGCGAAUGGGGUUUGACAAGUUCUGCAGUUUGGACAGUUCCGAUCCAUUCUGGGACUGGAACCGCACAUGGUACGCCACAAACCCAGACCUCACCCAGUGUUUCCAGAACACUGUCCUGGUGUGGCUGCCAUGUCUCUACCUCUGGAUAUGUGCCCCCAUCUACCUCAUCUACCUCCGCAGCCAUGGCCGUGGCUACAUAUGUAUGAGUCACCUCAACAAAGCUAAAACUGCUGUUGGCCUUCUGCUGUGGAUUAUCUGCUGGUCAGAUGUUUUCUAUUCUUUCUGGGAAAGAAGUCAUGGUAGCAGUGUCCCCGCACCUGUCCUCCUAGUCAGUCCAACCUUACUGGGCCUCACCAUGUUGCUGGCCACGCUAGUAAUCCAGUACGAACGGAUGAAAGGGGUUCAGUCGUCUGGAGUAAUGCUGAUCUACUGGCUGCUGGCGCUGCUUUGUGCCACGGUCACCUUUAGGUCCAAAGUCCUCCAGGCCCUGGACCAGCUAUCGUCAGUGUGUGUGUGGCGGUACACCACCUUUUAUAGCUACUAUGCUCUGCUGCUGGUUGCUCUGUUCCUGUCCUCCCUGACGGACCAGCCACCCCUCUUCUCCCAGGCUGUUAAAGACUCGAACCCCUGCCCUGAGCCCGGAGCGUCCUUCCUCUCCAGAAUAACCUUCUGGUGGAUCACCAGGAUGAUGGUGACGGGUUACAAGCGCCCCCUGGAGGAGAGGGACCUGUGGUCUCUGAACACUGAGGACCGCUCCCAGAGAGUGGUUCCCCAGCUGGUGCGUCGCUGGAAUGCAGAGUGCCAGAAGGUCAAAAGGACGGAGCCGAAAACGCUGUAUUCCCCCAGACAGGUUCCGCACAGUGAACACAAAGAUGGGAGAAUUGUGGAAGAGUCUGAAAUCUUGAUUGUUAAACCCCCCCAGAAAACAAAGGAGCCCUCCCUGUUCUGGGCACUGUGCCUGACCUUCGGGCCCUACUUCCUCAUCUCCUGCCUCUACAAAUUAAUCCAGGACAUCCUCAUGUUCGUCGGGCCUGAGAUCCUCCGGUUGCUGAUCGACUUCGUGAACAACUCCAGCGCCCCCUCCUGGCAGGGCUACUUCUACACCGCUCUGCUCUUCAUAUGUACCUGUGUGCAGUCGCUCAUCCUUCAGAGGUACUUUCACGUCUGCUUCGUCUCAGGCAUGCGUCUGCGCACCGCCAUCAUCGGAGCUGUCUACAGGAAGGCCUUGGUUAUAAGCAGCGCGGCACGCCGUACCUCCACAGUGGGAGAGAUCGUCAACCUUAUGUCAGUGGACGCUCAGCGCUUCAUGGACCUCAUCACCUACAUCAACAUGAUCUGGUCUGCCCCCCUGCAGGUGGUGCUGGCCCUCUACUUUCUGUGGCAGAACCUGGGUGCGUCUGUGCUGGCUGGAGUGGCUGUGAUGGUUCUGAUGGUUCCUGUCAAUGCUGUCAUCGCCAUGAAAACCAAAACCUACCAGGUGGCUCAGAUGAAGAGUAAGGACAAUCGCAUAAAGCUGAUGAACGAGAUGCUGAAUGGUAUCAAGGUGCUGAAGCUGUACGCCUGGGAACUGGCCUUCAAGGACAAGGUGUCAGAAAUCCGCGAGAGCGAGCUGCAGGUGUUGAAGAAGGCCGCCUACCUGGGUGCGGUGUCCACCUUCACCUGGGUCUGCGCACCUUUCCUGGUCGCCCUGUCCACUUUCAGCGUGUACGUGCUGAUCAACGACCACAACGUGCUGGAUGCCCAGAAGGCCUUUGUGUCGUUGGCGCUCUUCAACAUCCUGCGUUUCCCUCUCAACAUGCUGCCAAUGGUCAUCAGUAGUAUGGUGCAGGCCAGUGUGUCCCUGAAGCGGCUGAGAGUCUUUCUAUCCCACGAGGAGCUGCAGGAAGACAGUGUGGAUCACAAAGUGGUAGCAGGCUCCCCACACAGUAUCUCCAUAGUGGAUGGAGUUUUCAGUUGGUCCAGAGCCGAAUCGCCGACACUCAAGAGGCUGAAUGUGUGUAUCCCAGAAGGCUCUCUGGUAGCCGUGGUGGGACACGUGGGUUCGGGAAAGUCCUCUCUGCUGUCGGCCCUGCUCGGGGAGAUGGACAAGCUAGAGGGCUCUGUGCUUGUCAAGGGUUCGGUGGCCUACGUUCCCCAGCAGGCCUGGAUCCAGAAUUCCACCCUGAGAGACAACAUAGUGUUCGGUCAGGAGAGGAGAGAGGCCUGGUAUCAGCGUGUGGUGGAGGCCUGCGCCCUUCAGCCUGAUCUAGAGAUCCUUCCUGCUGGAGACGAGACCGAGAUCGGAGAGAAGGGAGUGAAUCUGUCUGGAGGUCAGAAGCAGAGGGUCAGCCUGGCCAGGGCUGUCUACUGUGACCGAGCCGUCUACCUGCUGGACGACCCGCUGUCUGCCGUCGACGCUCACGUAGGAAAACACAUCUUUGACCAAGUCAUUGGUCCACAGGGACUGCUGAAGGACAAGACUCGUGUGCUGGUGACCCACGGGCUGAGCUACCUGCCCCAGGUCAACCUGAUCCUGGUGAUGGUGGAGGGAGAGGUCACAGAGAUGGGCUCCUACCAGCAGCUCAUGGCCACCGAGGGAGCCUUCGCCGAGUUCCUGCGAACGUACGCCGCCGUCGAACACGCUGACAACAACGAACCUGUGCCAAAGAGCGGAACCAAAGCAGUGGAGAACGGCAGUGCGACCGCUCUUGUUGGCACUCAAGGUGUCAGCAAUGUGUCCAAGCUGUCCCCGGCGGGCAAAGAGGACAAGGAGCUGAGCAAGAAGGCCAAGAACCCUGAGGUGGGCAAGCUGACAGAGGCUGACAAGGCCAGCACGGGUCAGGUCAAGCUGUCUGUGUUCUGGGCCUACAUGAAAGCCAUCGGGGUGCUUCUGUCCUUCAUCAGUCUGCUGCUCUUCUUCACCCAUCACCUGCUCUCCGUCUUCUCCAACUACUGGCUGAGCCUGUGGACCGACGACCCCGUGGUUAACGGCACUCAGCCUAACAGACUGAUGAGACUGGGGGUGUAUGGUGGUCUUGGCCUGUCCCAGGGGGUGGCUGUCUUUCUUUACUCUCUCUCCAUGUCCAUUGGGGGCAUCCUGGCGUCCCGCUACCUCCACCAGUCCAUGCUGUAUGACAUCCUGCGCUCACCCAUGUCUUUCUUUGAGCGAACCCCCAGCGGCAACCUGGUCAACCGCUUCGCCAAGGAGAUGGACACCAUUGACUCAAUGAUCCCCAGCAUUAUUAAGAUGUUCAUGGGCUCCAUGUUCAACGUGUUGGGCUCUUGUGUUGUCAUCCUUAUCGCCACCCCGCUGGUAGCCAUCAUCAUUCCUGUUCUCGGCCUACUCUACUUUUUCGUGCAGAGGUUUUACGUGGCGACAUCUCGACAGCUGAAGCGUCUGGAGUCCGUCAGCCGGUCACCCAUCUACACCCAUUUCAACGAGACGCUGCUGGGCACCUCCGUCAUCCGAGCCUUCGGCGAACAGGAGCGCUUCAUCUGCGAGAGUGACCAGCGGGUGGACCACAACCAGAAAGCUUAUUACCCCAGCAUAGUAGCAAACAGGUGGCUGGCAAUCCGCCUGGAGUUUGUAGGAAACUGCAUCGUGUCAUUUGCUGCUUUGUUUGCCGUCAUAGCUCGAGAGAGCCUCAGUCCAGGCAUCAUGGGCCUCUCUAUCUCCUACGCCCUCCAGCUGACUGCCUCUCUCACCUGGCUGGUGAGGAUGUCCUCUGAUCUGGAGACCAACAUCGUGGCUGUGGAGAGAGUGAAAGAGUACAGUGACACACAGAAAGAGGCGGAGUGGAAACAUGAACCCUCCAGCCUCCCCCCGGGUUGGCCCACUCACGGCUGCGUAGACAUCAGAGGCUUUGGCCUGCGCUACCGUGAUGAUCUGGACCUGGCCGUCCGCAGCAUCACCAUCAAAAUUAACGGAGGAGAGAAGGUGGGAAUUGUGGGUCGCACGGGAGCGGGGAAGUCGUCCCUGACGCUGGGGCUGUUCCGGAUCAUCGAGGCAGCUGAGGGCCACAUCCUCAUUGAUGGGGUAGACAUCGCUCAGCUGGGCCUCCAUGAACUCCGCUCCAGGAUCACCAUCAUCCCACAGGACCCAGUGUUGUUUUCAGGCUCCCUGAGGAUGAACCUGGAUCCCUUUGACAGCUACUCUGAUGAGGAAAUAUGGCGGGCUCUGGAGUUCUCCCAUCUCAAGAACUUUGUGUCCGGCCUGCCUGACAAACUCAACCACGAGUGUAGUGAAGGAGGAGAGAACCUCAGUGUGGGUCAGCGGCAGCUGCUGUGCCUGGCCAGAGCUCUGCUGAGGAAGACCAAGAUCCUGGUGCUGGAUGAGGCCACGGCAGCUGUGGACAUGGAGACAGACAACCUGAUCCAGUCCACCAUCCGCUCUCAGUUUGAGGACUGCACCGUCCUGACAAUAGCUCAUCGCCUUAACACCAUCAUGGACUACACCAGGGUCCUGGUGUUGGACAAGGGAGAGAUGGCAGAGUUUGAUUCCCCCUCUAACCUCAUCGCUCAGAGAGGAGCCUUUUACAAGAUGGCCAAGGAUGCCGGGCUGGUCUGAGGCCGGAGACACCUGACUUUGUCCAGCUGUUCCUCUGAGUCCCUCCCAGCUUUUCUGGCUCCUGAAGCGGAGGUUCUCAGCUAAAGAGUGAGAGGGAGAGAAAGUAGGAGCUUGUUUACUAUUUAAGCGAUAGUGCUGAUGAGAACGAGGAGUUUGGUUUGAGCUGCUCCACCUUUAUACGUCCAUCUUCCCUGAACUACAGAUUUCUUUCUUAGACCACAUCAUUUCUGUGUACGCCAGUUUCUGCAAUGGAAGGGGCCUGAGAACUUGGCUUUUAUUUUGACAGUGCACAAGGACAAGAAAACUGUUGUCCUGUAAGUGUGAAAUCAUUAGUGCCAAAAACUUCCCUGAGAUAUAGCAGCUGUUCUCAAAGAGAAUGUGGGACAGUGCUCCACAGACAGUUAAUAAUGUGCUGUUUGUUAGCAUUAGUGUGUAAAGACAUCUGUAUUCUUUACAGGGAAUAAUUCAGCCUUUGGCCUGACAGGACUGGUGUUACUGCUUAUUCUAAAGUCUCCCCAGACUCAUCUGUUAAGCCAAAAUGGCUGACUCAGAGUCUGCUUUGAAUCAGAAAGCAGCCUGGAACUGGGACACGGCUCAUUUUUGACCCUGUAGCUAAGCUAAGUUAGCUGUUGCAGGGCAGUGCAGUCGGUUUGUUAAGCUGAAUGUAAGAUCACCAGGAGAGAUUCUUCUGAGACACGAGUGUUUUGUUGUCUCGCACUUUCAGUUUUACUCUCAGAGCAUCGCCACCAGGAGGAGGGAGGGAGGGAGGGAGGGAGGGAGGGGGGGGUGGAGGUGUUGGACCCGCUGACUGGUCAGAAACAUCAGCCAUGCUGGUGAUGUCACAUAUAAAUCACAAAAAAAAAAAUAAUAAUACAAACGCACAAACUGUAGGAAUCUGUCAGAUAGAUUCUGCUUGACUGUUAUUUUACAUGCAGCACUGAUUGUUUAUUUAUUGUGUUUUUUCAGCAUCAGCUUUAAAUUGUUGUGUUCAUACAAACCCAAACAACAUGUUUCCAGUUUUAACCAAAUCAUUUAGUGUGUUACAAUGAAACUAUUAGACUUUCUUUUCAUGUCUGUGUGUAGCCUUGGAUGAAUGGAUGCAGAAGAACACGUCUAAUAAGGUUGCAUGGUGCCGAUGUUCGAAGUCUCACUUUAGCUCUGACAGCAGUUUGCAUUUGAUUUGAGUAGAUUUCGACACUCCGUGCUUUUCUUUGCGUUAGCAAGUUGCUUGUUUUGUCGGUAUUGAAUAAAGAUCUGUUCAGCUGAUGCUCCUGGAAUGACAUGCAGGAAGUCUGCAGUGUGCAGGGGGGGGGGGGUCAGAUGUCUUCACAGACACAGAAGAAAUGAAAUGUGCCGGAUAUAUUCUAACCUGGUUACAGUUGUAGUUUCCAGUGACUGUCUAGGCAAAAGCCCAUCCCACAUACAGCUGAGUUGUCUCGCUUACAAGUGGCAAGUGAUUUUCUGUCUGUGUUUGUUCUGCACAGAGGAGACAAGAUAGAAGUGCAUCGAGUGUCAUGAACCUCGGUAUAAAGACACUGACUGCUUUGGCGUCAUCACACUGACACUUAAUUACUGACACUUGAGUAGCUGAUAAUGACGCUUGUGUGAAUACAUAAGUGUCAUUAUGUUUCUAAGUAAUGCUCCCCUGUGGGAUAGAGAACAUGUACAUGAAAGAAAAGCCUUAGUACGAGAAACUCUGUGGGUAUUUUUUGUGCAUGUAACUUCAGGGGCUCUUAAGGUUUAUUUAUAGUGAAAAACGAUACAGAAAUUAGUUUUCCAAGCAGUACCUAUUGGUAACACCUGCCAUGCAAGGUGUUAGUAGUUUUAAAGUUCAGGACAUUAACAUGCUGAGGUUGCAUGGGGUGUGUGUGUGUGUUUUUUUUUUUUGUUUUGUUUUGUUUUGUUGUUGUGGAACUGGAGGAGAUGUUUUACUGAAGAUUAGGGCCAAAUGGAAAAAGAGAAUUGUUAAUUUGUAGGAAAAAAAAAAACAGAAUUUUGAGAUUAAGGUUAGAAAAAAAAAAAAGUCCAAAUUUUCCAGUUGAAGUUU